AUGGGAGGCGGAAAAAGCUUUCUACGCCUUCGAGGCACACAGCUUAGGACAGCAAUGGUUUUGCUUGUCGUUGCGCCUUCCUUUAUUCUCUUCGGAUACAAUAAUGGAUCAACCGGGGGUAUCGCGACGUUGGAGUCGUUUGUCCAUCAAUUUCCAUCCAUCGACACAGUGAAUACUACCGGCGCUCAAAAAUCUCACAAUGCCACAAUCAAAGGCGUCGUCACCGGAUCGUACGAUCUCGGCGCUGUCAUCGGCUCCUUGCUCUGUAUUGGCUACAGUGACCGCAUCGGCCGACUACGAACCGUCCUCAUCGGUCUCUUAUUGUCUAUCAUCGGUCUUGUUCUAGAGGCCUCUGCUUUCGGUGUCGCGCAAUUCACCAUCGGCAGAUUAGUUAUCGGUGCUGCUAUUGGCACAAUCAGUAGUGCUGUACCCGUUUGGCAGUCGGAGUGCUCUACAACAGCACAUCGUGGAGCCUUUGUUGUCCUAGAAGGUCUCUGUAUUAGCAGUGGAAUUACCCUCUCGGAAUGGGUAUCCUUUGGCUGUUCAUUCUCAUCCAACAAGUCUGUUCAAUGGAGACUACCUUUGAUAUUCCCUGUUACUUUUUCCCUGUUUGUGAUUCCGUGUCUAUUCCUAAUGCCCGAGUCACCACGCUGGUUAGCCCGCAAGGGACGAAUGGAAGAAGCCAGAAGAGUUCUGGCUGCAUUGGAAAACGAGUCCGAAGACUCACCCAAAGUGCGUCAGGAAAUGGCAGAAAUCGAACGAUCCUUGUCCCUGGUCACUGGCAGUCUCAAGGAACUUGCCAGAAACGGGGAAGAGCGUGUCCUACAUCGCACAUUACUCGCAGCUUGUGGACAAAUGUUCCAGCAAAUGUGCGGUAUUUCCGCCUUGGUGUUUUAUACUAGCACAAUCUUUGAGGAUCUAGGCUUCAAAGGUGACAAGGCUAAAGUGCUUGGCGCUUGUCUAACUACCUUUCAAACCCUCUGUGCCAUUAUCCCACUUUUCUUAAUUGACCGAUAUGGCCGCCGAAAACUCUUCAUGAUAACCGGUACGGGCCUCGCAAUCUGCACAGCAGUUAUCGCAGGAACAGGCGGCCAACCAAAAGGCAGCAGCGCCGCAAACGCAGCCGUUGUCUUCGUCUUCUUAUUCGACCUUUUCUAUCCCAUCGGAUUCCUGGGUCAAACAUUCCUAUACGCCACUGAACUAGCACCCUUACGACUGCGCGUACCCAUCACAGCAGUCGCCAACGCGACGCAGUGGCUUUGCCAGUUCGUUGUCGCUCAGAUUACGCCUCCAGGCACCACACACUUGGGCAGUAGAUAUUGGAUUAUCUUUGCUGUGCUAAAUGCAUCCUUUGUGCCAAUUGUGUAUUUCUUGUUUCCAGAGACGAAUGGCCGGUCAUUGGAGGAGAUGGAUAUUAUUUUCCGGCAGACUAACAAUAUUUUUGAUGUUGUGCAAAAGGCUAGGAGUUAUUCUGUGCCGCCCCCUGAGACUCCGGGAGAGUCUGAUUCUGUUGAUCGGGAGGUAGGAGGGUUAAAGCCUACUGUGAUGCAAAAGGAGCAGGUGUGA